AUGUCACUUGGUGGAAUGGCCCUUUUCGCCAUAUUAUUGACCACGGUCUCACUUGGGCGAUUCAACUCAGGCUCAGCUUGCGAAUUAGUUGGAAACUGUACGACAGAUGUGUCGCACAUUUGGGGCCAGUACUCGCCAGUGUUCUCGGUCCCGUCAAUCAUUGACGCUUCAGUUCCGCAAGGGUGUAAUGUGACUUUUGCACAGAUCUUAUCGCGGCAUGGAGCGCGAGCACCGACCCAGAAGAAGUCGGAUGUUUACAAAGCCAUGAUCCAACGCAUCCAGAGCUCUGUGAAGGAGUACGGAAAAGGAUACGAAUUCCUAAAAGACUACGAGUACAAUCUUGGCGCUGACGAUCUUACGCCAUUUGGAGAACAGCAGCUGGUUGACUCGGGAAGCGCCUUUUACCAGCGCUACCAAGACCUGGCGUCUGAAUUUGAUCCGUUUGUUAGAACGCCAGGAUCUGAUCGAGUGAUUGUAUCGGCCCAGCGGUUUAUUGAGGGGUAUUAUAAGACCCAGGGUCGCGAUGCUUCAAGCCCAAUGAAGAGCAUCCUUGUGCUCCCCGAAGUCUAUGGGUUCAACAACACUCUAAAUCAUGGGGCCUGUCAAGCUUUUGAAGAUGGUCCGGUAUCCGAGAUUCGUGAGCAGAAUCAGAAAACUUGGCUAGGUAUCUUUGGCCCCGCGAUCAAUCAGAGACUCAACAGUAGACUGCCGGGCGCAAACCUGACUCUCACCGAGACCAUCUACAUGAUGGAUCUGUGCCCUUUCAACACGGUAGCAACCACCACUGCUGCGCUAUCCGACUUUUGCAGGCUCUUCUCGAUGGAUGAGUGGGCGAGCUACGACUACUUCCAAUCAUUGGAUAAAUGGUACGGUUAUGGUCGAGGCAAUCCAUUGGGCCCUUCCCAGGGCGUCGGAUUUGGCAACGAACUGAUUGCACGGCUCACUGGCACGCCUGUGGACGACCAUACGACAACAAAUUCGACGCUCGACUCUUCUCCCGACACGUUCCCUCUGAACAGGACGCUGUAUGCAGAUUUUUCCCACGACAACACGAUGUCUUCAGUCUUUGCUGCGCUGGGACUGUUCAACUCGACAAUGGACCUACCGCUCAAGUACAAAGUAUCACCUCGACGCCUUCACGGCUUUUCAGCUGCUUGGGCAGUCCCGUUCGCCGGCCGCUUGUAUGUAGAGAAGAUGCAGUGCGGUGACUCAAGCGAGGAGCUGGUGCGAGUGAUCCUCAACGAUCGAGUGGUUCCUCUGCGGACGUGCAAUUCUGAUAGGCUGGGGCGGUGUAAGCUGAGAGGCUUUGUUGAUAGCCUCAAGUUUAUAAGGAGCGGGGGGCUGUGGGAUCAAUGCCCCCUUGACGGCUGA